AUGGAUGGCUUUUGGAUGCAGGUAGAGUGGAUCCAACAGAAGGUUGGGCUGCAGGAAGAGGAUGGCAGCGGGGGCAUAGACCUGCUCCCACAGGGAGAAGUCGGAUCACCGUGGCUGCAGGAUACGGGCCUGCCAGGCCUCCUUGGAGGCCAGGGCUUGGAAGGUGACCACCAGGGGCUCCUGUCCACCCUGACGCAGACCCAGAGGGCUGCUGUGCGCCGGCUGGACGUCUACACCCGCUCAACCCAAAGACGGCACGAAGCACCUGCCGGAGGUGUCAGGGACAUCUUUGGGGGCUUCAGUUCAACGGUGAUGUUUUCAGAGGAUGGGGACUCGGUUAGGAAACAGACCCAGCUCAGUUCCGGGGCUUCUAAGUCUCCUCCGGACAGUUGCUGCUGGGUUUACCGCAGAAUCUGGGCGGAGGCAGGCAGGGAGGGGAGGAGGGAGGAAGCCUUCCACGUGGACGCUGCCUGCUCGGGACAGGCUGUUUGGCUCCUGCAGAGGCCCCGCCACCCCCCACCCCCUCCCCGGAGGCACCUGCUCAAAGUGUUCCCUGCCGCUACCUACCCAGUAACUGCCCGCGUCGGGAACCGGGGAGCAGGGAGCUACGGGCACGAAAGGGGCCGGGAAGCCCAGAGCGAGAUGACAGAGCUGACGGAUCCUGAGGUCCGAAUGGACCCCCCAGCCCCCAGCCUUCCCCGGACGAGUUUAGGAUCCCCAAAGGCAGAUUUGGGGAUAGGAGACUUGUCUCUACAGGACAUGUGGGAGAUCUCUGCUCUGGCCUCUAACCCCACCACUGCGCCUGGCGCCCUCCUUGGCUUGGUCCUGAAGAGGAGUAAGACCGGGAAGCAGGAGGCACAGGUCUGUGGUCCUGGUGCUUCAGAAACUCUCAUCGAGGGAGCUGUGUGGAGAAUCUUCCACGAACACAUACUUAGCUGCCGUAUUUCUUUCUGUUAUUUAUAUACAUAUACGUGUAUUUUUGCACAUGAAAACAAUCCCUACUCAUUACAAGAAGAUGAAACACGCCGAGGUGUGCCCCUCGACUCCCUGCUGGAAGCUGACUGCAAAGCCCUCCCCAGCACCCCGGGCCCGCUGAUCCUUCAGGCCGGGCCCCUGUACGCUGGCCUUUUCAGCGGGGACGAGUGUCCCCGCUACGACGCGUCCAAGUUGCUCAAGAGGUUCCUCCGGGAGCUGCCAGCGCCUCUGGUCCCUGCCGAGCACCUCCCGGCUUCCGCCGCGCUGCCCCGUGAGGAUGCCCCAGUCGCCUCUUUCUUGGUCUCUCAGGUGCGAGAACUGAAUAACAGCAGUGCGCGCCCCCAGCUCUGCGACGGGGGCCUCGAGACCUGGCCGCGAAGAUUACACGCAGAGAGGGACCAGGUGAGUGUCCCCCACGCCACGGGGACAAGCGCCACUCCCAAAGUGGCAAAGGUCCAGGUGACCCGGCCUAUCGCAGAUCCCCGGGCUCUGACCUCCAGCACCAAAGUAGCCCAUAUCCUCAGGCUCACAGAGCGCCUCAGUCCUGGUUCACAGGGUCAAGAAGGCAAUAAGAACACAGACAGCCUCCUUCCUCGAUAA